AUGGAAUUGCUUACAAAUUAUCGCUUCUUUCUAAUAAAUUUCAUAUUCAUUCUGCUUCUGCUCGGUGUUGCAGAAACGCUCACUGUUUCGUCAGUGUCACCAAUUAAUAACCAUCGCCCGCUGUUUUUAAGCGGUUCACAUCAGGACCUGAAUGCUGGCAGCGGCAAUUAUCUUCCCUGUUCCACCACCGCUUCAUUCAGUGAGUCAGCCGAGGGUGUGCAGAUUGAUGAUGUGAUCGAGGAUUACAUGACAAUGCUGUCAAAAUGCCUAACAACUGACGAACUGUCACAGUAUGCAACGUUGCUUGUAAGAUUUCGCAAUGGUAACAUGCCGAUUACUGAGUUUACACAGAAACUCAGUGAAUUGUAUGGACCCGAGCGAUUACAUCUGCUUACAGAACGUUAA